CACAGCCACGAUGGUCAAGCAAACGCGUUAAGAAAAAUAACAAUAAUAAUAUAAACGAAACAAAUUCUUUUUUAAUCAAAUAACAAGACUAAAAAUAUGCACUAAAUAAAAGCAAACACUUGUACGAACUGUAAAUAAAAGUGUAAAUAAAGUUUAAAAAUAAAUGAAAAGAUUUGCGCCUGCGCAAAACCCACGAAACGAAAUAUUUAGAAAUCUACUUGUUACUUGUGGCUCAAGUUCCAAUACAUUGUGUUUGAAAAUUCAUUUGUUUGAUCGAUUUUGUGCGGUGCGAACGAGUAACACCUUGUAAAGGCAUUUUCCACCAAACACAAACCCUAUUGCCAUAGCAAAGUGUGUUAAAAAAAAAAAGAAGAGAAACAACUGCUGCCACCCUCAACAACCCCUUUUCGAUAGGGUUUAAAACCUACCGCAAGAAAAAAAUUAAGAAGGAAAUAUAUAAAAAAGCACCACUUUACGUUUCGUUACUUUAUUGAACCCCUCGCGCUGCUGACUAAUUGCCUUUUAUAUAGCCAGACUAUAUAAAACUGUACAAUAAGACAACGGCCAAGAAACUCCCUUUUAAUUUUCAACGGAACCCCCAACAAAGCUGGAAAUAGCUUCGCUUUGAAGUGAAGUUCAACCAUUUUCGCAGCGAAAAACGAUUUUCAAUUUAUUUUCAUUGAGUGGGGAAGAGAAGCGAGCGUGUUCUCUCCCCCUUUUUUUCGGUUUCUAAAUUGAACACAAUUGCAACAGAACCAAUAAAAAGUGAACUGUAUUCGAAGUAGAGCAAAACAUCAGUAACAUCAGAUGCAUAAUUAGCCUUUGCUUAAAACGGAAAAGCACAACAGCAGCCAGCAGCCAGCAGACAGACAGCACACAGCCAGCAGCAAAAUGUAUCUCAUACAGACUGUCCAGACAACUUGGCGGCCACAACUGCCGCUUCCCCGGGAGCUUCAACUGACCGAUGACCGGAACAACAGCACCGACGAUCACGACUCGAAGGUGAUCACCACCACAACUACAGCGGAUAUACACAGCCAUAACCAUCAUCACCAGCACCUUAUCCACAACCCAGAGGAGCAGGAGGAUCAGGAAGAGGACAUGGAUCGACUGAGAGGCAAUCACAGCAAUCACAGCAUUGGCGGAUCAUCGCAGCAGCUUUCCGGCAAACAGAAAUGGUCUUUUGGAAGACUUUUCCGCAAAAAGAAGGAGGCGGAAAGUGCCUCCUCCAGCGAGGAGGAUCGCAAGGCGGGUUUUGUGCCCGCCCAGCGUCAGUCAGCCAGCAAACCGAAGGCCAAGCAUGGAAAUAAGGGAUCUUCGCGUAGCAGCAGCAACAGAUUCGAUCACAUUGUGGUCAAUCCACAGCAGGCGCCACCGCAUCCGCCGCAGCCCAUCGAUAACGAGUUCUUCCUGCCCGUGGAAACCAUACAGCCGGAACCGUACUACCAAAACCAGCCGGGAUAUUACCAGCGAUCCAGCAACUCCCUGGACAGGAGACUGCUAAUGCAACAACCGCAGGGAAAUGGCUAUCAUCACCAACAUAAAUCCCGCUCCGCGCAGAGAGGAGGUGGUCCCAAGCCACUUGGAGUGGGCAACUCUAGUGGAGCAGAGGAGGAGCUGAUAUCGCUAAAUUCUUCCACCUUCUCUAAGUACCGCAGCGAUGAGAGCAUUCAUAUGGGUUCCAUGGCUCCAGGACAGAGUCGACGCAGUCGAGCAGCUCGCAACGAGCGUUACUACAAGAGAUUAUCCCGCGAUGGGGAACAGAGUCAUGGAGGAGCACCAGUCGUUGUCCCGCAACAGCAUCACCAGCAACAGCAGCAGCGGUACAAGACGCAGCCCCUGCCCCUGUCCAUUUACCAGCCAACGACGAACCCACCCGCCAGUGGCUAUGUCCAGUGGCAGCCACAGAAAAACCUACAGAACUCGAUGCAGAGCGAUGGAAAGCGAAGCAUCAGCUACGACAGUCACAUACAUUUGCAGAAUUUGAGUGGAAGGAUGCAGAGCAAACCCUUGCCGCCGCCACCACCGCCCAGGGAUCCUCUGAGGCGUGUGCAUGUGGGUGGAUCGGGAUCGGGUCUCCAGAUCGGCUCCAGCUCUGGGGAUCUGCGACCCGUGUCGUAUGCCUUCGAUCACAGCGGUCGCUGUGUGUCCGACGAUCGCAUUUGGCAGCCGCCGCACUAUCAGUCGGUGCACUCGCUCAACUCCCAGCCCAGUUCCUCGAUAGCCAGUGCUCCGGUCCAGCAGCCGCACCAUCGACGCUUCAUCACCCGUUCUGAGCGGAAUGCCCAUCCCGGCAAGCAAUCCCUGCCGAAUGGUAUUGAUUUCCAUUAUGUGGCCGAUGCAACGCCUCGCUCAAGGAAGCCCAUACACAUGAUGGAUACGGGGAGACUGGAUAACGAAAGGGGAGGAGGAGUACCAGCUUCCAGUGGUAUACUGAGAACCUCCAAGAGUGGCCUAGCCACGCCCAGUCCCGCUCCUCAGCAGCAGCAACAGUCGCAGCCGCUUCUGACCAAGCCGCGUUCUUUUUCCAGCUCACGACUAAGCGAACUGAGGAGUUAUCCCAUGCCCAUGUACUCCGAGGUGCAGAAGCCCAAGAGGAGUGUUCCUCCACCUGUAAAUACUUCUCCAAGUGACCAGGAUAACAACAUAAUUUGCGGUAGCCUGCACAUCAAGCCUAGUUUGGAGUCUGGUCAGAAUCAGAACUAUGUAGAGAUUCGUCAUCGCGAUGUCCACAAGACCAACUCCAUGCCACAUCACUAUCAGAACAGGAGAUCUGGCGAGGAUUUGCCCAACAAGUACGAGGAGUAUGUGGCCGAGAAGCGAGAGCAGCAUCAGCAGGCACCGGCUACUGUCUAUCCGGAGCGUAAACUGAGCUGCACUCCCGCCACAGCUCCACCACCGCCCGUGUACUUCCCUCGGAAAAAGCCAGCCAAUCUGGAGGAGGCCAUCAACGAACUGGAGGCCAUCUACAAGUCACUGGGACUUACAGAACCAGCUGAACCCAAGGCGGAACCCAAGCUGGAUAUGAUCUCGAAGAUGCGAGUGCCCACGCCCAGUGACUUUGAGAAGUUCGCCUUGGCGCAUGCCGAUGAGUACGAGGACGAAGAUUCACCGACUGGCGAACCCGAUCCCGUUAGAGACGAUGUGGCCUUUAGGAACCUGCAGCUUGCCAAUCUCCAGCAUCGAUCCUCGGAGAAGCAGCCACCUUUUGGCAUCCCAGUGGGUCCCAUUGUGCCUGCUCCCCAAUCUGACUAUCUCCACGUGGAGCCUGUGAGGGUCAAAAAGAAGACCAACUCCCCGGACAUUGUUAAGGAUGAUCUGGCUGUGCGUGCCCUGCGCAAGGAUCCGCCGGGACCCAAGUCCAGCUUUGUGUAUCCCAUGCAGAAAAAGCAGCGGGCUACAAGGACGCAGUCGGCCAACAUUUACAACCUGAUCCAAAGGGAUGCAGCGAAACCAUCUGGCGGAGAUCUAAAUAGUUACAUUGAGCUGACGCGGAACUUGGAGAGAUCCGGCAGCAUGUCCAAUCUUCAGGGUGAAGCGGAUGAUGUACCAGCCACACUGGACUUAUUGCGCAAGCUUAAGGCGCAGGAUGAGGAGCUGGAUCUGGCCAGGAAGCAUCAUCCCAUACCCUUCCGUCAUCCCAGUCAGGGUGGAGCAAUCGCCCAGCUGCCAGAGCGUCUCCUGACCAAAGAAGAUCAUCAGUCACCGCGAGCGGCGCCAGUGCCAGCUCCUCGUAAGAGUCUUUCGCCGGAACCGACUAUGAUGGAUGAUGCUCUCAACAAGAUUGCCCAGGAUGCGCAGGCCAGCAGCAUUAAGCUGAGCCACGAACUCAACGAACUCCGCAAGGAGGCAUUGAUUACGGCUGCGAGACCCAAGUUAAAUGCGGAGCAGCAGAGAUUGGAGGAGGAACUGCAGCAAAUCGAGGCAGUUUCUGAGGCGGCCAAGCGCUGUGGCCAGAUGCUGUUGGACACGCUGCCCGAUGCAGGCCAAGAGGAGGAUCAGGAGCCACAAGAGAAGCCACCGCGGAAGCUGCAUAAGGAGGGCAAGCUCAUCCGGGCUAUUGACGAAGUCUCCGAGGCGGCCAAUGCCGUUUGCGAGAAGAUACUCAAGGAUAUUGUGACCACUGAGCCUCCAGUGAUUGUCCACGAGGCUCUCCAGGUGAAGCAGACCACCAAAACUCUGCCCAGCGGAGAGCAGCUCGUGAUGCCGCAUCUCAUCAAGAAACUGGAUCCCAUACAGUCGGACAAGAUCGAGCAUAUAGCCAGGCGCUGCAUGCGCCAGCUGAGCGAACUGGCCAAUCCGGACUACGACAACCUGGUGGACACCUGUAAUAUGACCAACAGCCACAUCACCAACGCGCCGGGUGAUGCCACUCUCGUUUGUCCCGUUCCAGAGAAUCGCGCCGCCGGCAAGAGCCAGACGCUCGAGGAGAUUGACAAGAUCAUGCAGGAGUGCGAGCGCCAGGCCAAGGGCAGUAGCUCCACGGGAUCAGGAUCGAUUUCGACCCCCAAUACCACCCAUACCACUGAUGAUCAGCGCACGACCGCUCCCAGUUUGACCAGCGGCAGUGGAAGCGGCAGCGGAAGCUUCCCACCAAAUGUGAGCACCACCGCCAGUUCGUUCAGCUCGAGCAGCGAUUGUUUGGCCAAGUCGUCGAGCCCUUCGCGCGCCAGCCGACCGCUCUCCUCGAGCAUCACCUCCUUCAAUCCGUACUCCUCCAGCGACUAUAUCAAGUCGCAGAGCAGCGACUGCCAUGCACCCAGCACCGAUCCGAUCAAGACCUUCAGCACCACCUCGUACGAGGGCCAGUCCACACCGCAGAGCACCACCAUCAGCACGGACACGAUGAGCACGACGAUCAGUAGUAACACCACUAAUAAUCUCAGCAGUCAGCAGGAGUCCUCAUCGCAUCCAACCGCCUCGGGUGGUGGAUCAUUAUCGCCGCCGCCGCUGCAGCUGACGCCGGUGGGCGAGCGUAGGAAGCGUGGAGCUUCAUGCUCCUCCGCCACCUCAUCGCCGUCACAGUACAACUCCAGCGAGGAGCUGGCCGCCAUCUUUGGCAUCGAAGAGCAUCCGAAGCAUCGUAGCGGCAGCAGGCUAACGACAAACGUCACAGAAACCAUUGCGGCCUCUAGUGACUUAUCCACAGCACCUGCCACUGCCAAAACUCAGGAGAAGAAGCUAGCGAAGCCGCUGCCAACUCAGGAUAAGCAGCAGACCAACUCGGAGGACUCCAGCUCACAGAGGAGCAGUGUCCCGGUGAAGUAUCGUGGCCAGCAUCCGCAUUUCCAUCACCAUACCACACCCGCCUACUAUACGGAUCUUCAGCUGAGAAUCCACACACCAAAUGUGUCGGAUGCGGGAGCUUUAAACGAGAACUACCGCAGUGUCUACAGUACACCCAGCACUCAGUUGGUGGAACAGCGAUCCUUUCCCAAAACCUCCACGGCAACGAGUGUGGCACCAGCUUCGUUUUUUCGUGGCGACUCUGCGUCCAGCGAGGGGCGCGCAGGCGGAAGUCGCAGCAGGAGGUCGCAGCCAAGGACCGGGAGCGAGGGUCGCUUCUUCAGAUACUCUCAGGGAUCUGUGAGCCCUACCAAAGGUGAAGUUAGCCACGACGGCAACGAGCCAGUCACGAACCACAACUCCCCCAUCACAUCCAGCACGGUCAUAAGUAGUUGUAAUCCCGUAGAGCAGGCUAGUCCCGUAGUAUCCGCCUCCGUAACCGUAUCUGCAUCCGCAUCCGGUCGCAAUAGCCGGCACAAGCAGCGUUUCCACAGCCGAUCCCGGCGAGCGGUGCGCGUGCGCAGUGAGUCGCGUCCCAUUAGCGCCUUAUACGACAUAAUAUGCAAGGAGAAGAACCUGGACGUGGGUCACACCAGCAGCAGCAGCAGCAGCAGCAACGAGGAGCAGGAACGGGAGAAGGAGAAGGAGCAACCGAAAGAGGAUCAAUCCCAGCAGGACUCCCCUAAGACCCCAACCGACAAGCUGGCGACCUUUUGGCCAUUGCACCAUCACUACCUCAAUCCCUCGAUGAGCAGCAGUGGCAACUCCAAGGAGCCAAAGCAGCAACAUCUGGCCAAGGAUCUUCAGCUCCCAGGAGGCUCUGCCUCCGGGGCAAGGGGAGCUCCCUCCAGCAGCGACGAUGAGGAGGAUGGCCUUCAUCCCCUGCACUCCAGUCACAAGGUCACCAACCUGAGUGUCAAGGCCAACUCACUGCCACCUGCCACCGAAGAUGAUUCUAUAGCGUCGGGCUCCCAGCUUAAGGGUAACUCUAGCCGGCUAAGUCUACGCCUGGCCAAGAGUCUGGAGCGAGCAGUGCCCGUUUCAGAGGAUGCUCCUUCCUACGAGGCCCGUGCCUACGAUGCCCCUACCUACGAUGCCGGGAAGCCCAUCAACACGGAUAGGUUAUUCGUGGAACCGCCCAAGCUACCCCUGAGGCGCACCCUCCACGACAAUGAUGAAGAGUACGACAACACUUUGCAGUUCAAUCAGAAUGAUGUUGUGGACACUUUGGAUCGCUGGGGCCAGGAACUUGGCACUAGUGCGGGCCAGGAACUGGUCAAUGGUGUGUCGGCCAAUGGCCACCAGUCAGAUCCCGAAGCAGAUUCACCACACGCUCAUCCAUCUUCAUUGCAACUAGUAGAACCCAAGCCACAUCACCACCAUCAGGCCACCAAUGCGCGCAGAUUUAUAACGCGCACCACACGCUCCGCCAGUCGCCAGAGUUCCGCCGGACACUCGCCGCCGCCGUUUGUCGCCGGACACAGUGACUCCUCCUGCAGCUCACCCUCGCCCACUAGGAGACGGAAUAAUAAGCAACCACAACCAGGUGCUGCCGCAGUUGAUACCCCAUCCUCGGCGAAUGGUAAUAGUUCCGCCUAUGAGACGGCAGCCACCACUGUGAUGACCCACGGCCCGGCCACGCCACCACCAUCCUCGCAUCAUCAUCAUCACCAGCAUCACUACCAGCUUAAUCCUUGCGCUGCAGUUCUUAAAACUCCGUCGAUAGAGUCUCAGCCAGGAGCGAUUGUCACAUCCUGCCUCGAUUCAUCGAACGCCAUCUCAGCCAGCAGCAGCCAAAGAGGAGGAAAAGCUGGCAAAUGCAGUAUUAGUUGCACCAACAGCCAACACAACAACAAUAACUGCAACACGAGGCAACGCCACAGCAACAUUAACAGCAACAUAAGCAGCAGCAGCAGCAACAACAAUACUAACCAACAAAAACAACAAAGCCAGGCCACGCCCAUGCCGCCUUUAGCCACUGCUACAACAUCGAUUGCAUCUUCACCAGCCAAACGCCGCAAGAAUCCCGUGUCGCCACUGCGUCUGGGUUCGGUCUCUGUCGCCGCCUCUGCCUCUAUAUCCGCCUCCUCCUCAUCCACCAUUGCUCCUCCGCUUGCAAUUGCCAGUCCGCUGCUUAGCGGCGGCAGUGGCGGCGGUGGCAGCUGCUCCUCAUCGGCCACCUCGCCCCAAACCUCGCCAGCGGUGCGCACCACCAAGGCGAGUCGUCUGCGCGCCGCCGCGCUGGAUAAAAAGAAGGAAGAGGAGCAGCAGCGCCAACGUUAUAGUUCACCCGUAUCGCUCCGCAUCGGAGGUGGACCCUUGGCCCAACGUCGCCUCAGCAGCUCAGAGCUGUCACCCAAAUCGCCGGGUCAAGUCAUCAUUAGUGGCUUCAAUUCAGAGCCAGUCACUGCGGCAGCAGGUUCGUCCAACCGAGGCCAGUCAAGAUCUGCCUCGCAGCCGGCGGACACACCGCCCACACAGCGUCGCCAGCCCCUAGUGGCCGUCAGUUCGGGCCUCUCGAUGAAACAAUCCCUCAGCGAAUUGCACUUUACGGGCGGAGCUGUGAGUCCGCCCAAGGCCUCGGCAGAGUGCACGCUUCGUAUGCGACCACGUAGCUCCACAAUGAGCACGGACCAGGGAACAGAGAAUGGAACACGUGACCAUUUGGCCAAUCUGCAGCUAAGUCCUGUGCAGAAGCACAAGAGAACGCCCGAAGUAUCGCCACGUCGUUUGGGUGAUCGCGACAAGUCGGCCAAGCGGAAAUCGAAUCUAAACCGUUCGUUGACCGAGGAAGCCACCAAGGAUGGCGAUGAGGCUGCUGCCUCUUCGAACCGCCGUCGACGACGUCGUGAACUGGGCAUGGGCCGUCCUUUGGUUCCUGGCGAUGACGAAGCUUUGAGGGAUUUGCUUCACUCGCCGCUCAAGAGUUCCUGCAGUGAGUCCACGACCACGACCACCUCGAAGUCAGAGACCACCUAUCGUCCAACGUAUCCGGCCGUGCGUCAUCCGGAGAUUGCUGUGCGCACCAUGACCGCUGUGUUGCCCACCCCAAGACCCUUGCAUGCGCCUGUGGCAGCCCGAAAUGUGACCCAAAAGUUCAAUGAGCGAACCAAGACCGAUCUGGCGGAGAUCAAGAAGAUUGCAGAGCAAUCGGAGCAGGCACUGCAACAACAGCCUACGGAAGAGCCUGCCUCCAGCCAAAAGAUGUCGGCCAUAUUGCGACGCAAGAGCACGGAUGAGGGUGGAGCUGCAGCUCAAAACUCACCACCGGCGCCCAAUCAAAUUGUGUCUAUACUGAAGAAAAAGGAGCAUGGCCUGGGCGAAUGCAACUCGAGUGCCUCUAGCAAUGCCUCGCCAGUGACCUUCUCCUCAAGCGUAAUGGAUCCACCGCUGGCAGGAGCAGCUGCCCGCUGCAAGCGUCAGGGAAUACUCAAGAAGCGUUCGAGCUUGGACGAAUCACGCUACUAUUCCCGCUCCCAUUCGCCGGACGAGCGAAGCAUACUAAUCAAAUCGGCACGCAGGAAUUCUCUGGAAGAAGCGGGCACCGGCCUGAGUCCAGCUCAUCAGGCCCAUGGCAUCCUCAAGCAGAGCAGCUACGAUAGCAGCAAGAGCGAUGGCUGCCCCUCGGCCAACGAGAGUCAGCCGCACAGCAUCCUGAAGAAGAAGGAUUCGCUAUCUACGCCCUCGGAUGGUGGAUGCCACAAGCAUGUAUCUAUCUCCCAGGCCGUCACUCUGGCAGCAGCUGAGCUGGCCGCCCAUGAUGGUGGCUCUACCCUGGAGGAUGGCGUAGAAGAGCAUGAAAUUCGACCCAUUCUGAAGCAGGAGAGCACCUCCAGCGAAGAGGCAGUGCGUCCCCCAAAGCCCAUACUCAAAAAGAAAUCAUUUGGCGAGGCCGAUGAGCACGAGAUGAUACGUCCCAUCUUGAAGAGCUCGCGCAAGAGCAGCCGCGAGGAGUUCGACUUGAGCGGUCUGGACCAUGAAGGCAAUGCCGCCGAUUCCCUAUCCUCAAUCCUCAAGAGCGAUUCCCCUUCGAAGCGCCGGUCACUGGGCUCUACGUCGCAUGACCUGGAAGAGUCCAACAAUAGCUUGCUGAAACGUCGCACUCGUUCACUGGAGCGUCAGGAUGCAUCGCCUGUUAUGGAUCUGGCAGCGGCCUUGAAUGCCAUCUCCACGUCGCAAGCUGCUCCGAGUACUCCUGUUGACUUUGUGACCACACCAUCCAGCAUUUCGGUGGCUGAGCGAAUCAAGCGCAUGGAGAUGCUGUCCUCACCCACAGCCCGUGCGGCUGGCGGGCCCAAUGGCAGCUGGGAGUCGCCACUGGAAGGGUCGUCUUCCAAGGUAGAACAGCAGGGUGUCACGCCCAGGCUGCUCAAGCCGAGUGUUCUGCGCAGGGAUUUGCAGAGGGAGCGAUACAAGACACAGCCGGUGACCAGCGAGGAGAAGAGCUUCUUCAAAGCCAACUCCGCGCCCUUUGACAUCUCGGCCACGUCUGCCUUUAAGCCCACCAAGCCGCUGGACAUCCGUUUGAGUCACGCUCUGCCACAUCCGCCGCUGAUCUCGCCCAUAACCGGACAGCCCCUCAGCCACGUUCCUGCACCGCUGCUGCUCUCCUCGUCCACGCACUCGGGCGGAGCCUCGUCCUUUCAUCGUCUCACACGCAGCUCCACACAGCCGCUGCAGUCGCCACGCGUUGUCCACUUGGCCAGCCAGGGAGGAACCACCACCAACCAAUUGGCACGCCAAAAUUCGAUUAACGACACUAGCUCCGGCAGCGUCAAUCUCAGCGAGCAACUGACUCUGUCGCUUGGGACGGACAGCGAACAGCACAUCUUCGAGAUGUCCGGCCUGGAGGAGGCGGAUUCGGCCAUUCAGUCGCUGAGCGAUGAGACAGCCGCUUCCGCAACGUCAGCAGCCACCGCAACCGCCACAGACACCACAGCGCCAUCUAGUGGACUGACGCGUAGCAAUAGUGUGCGGGCCAGGGCCAGUAUGUUCCAGCAAUUGCAGGAGCAGUCGCGUACUCCGCGGGCAACGACGGGAUCAUCAUCAUCCCGACAUUCUCCGCCAGCUGCAGCUGCCGAAGUAUCAACUCCAAGUGCCGCUGAUCAUUCCCUGCCAAGUUCCGAAGAGCUGUCAACGCCAAAUACAACGCUGGAUGCCGAGUUUGGCAAAACCUCAGCUGAGCCCCUUAAAAGCAUUCUCAAGACAGGCAAGCCCAUGGUGGGCCUGGGCAUGGGCAUGGGUCGCGGCCUAAUGCCCGUGGAUCUCAAUGCCGAGCUAAAGAAUCGCCUCAAGCGUUCCACCCAUGCCACUGUCUCUAAUCUCCGCAAGUCGGCCACCACGGCAGAUGCCACUCGCGGCGAUGAGGUGGAUAAUCCCCAACGGAACUUGGCUCAAAUCCUGAGGAAUGUGUCCAAGGAGAACUAUGCCACACCCAAGCACGAUGAUGCGGUGAAUCUGGUUAGGAAUCUGGCCACCUUGGGACAACCCAGAGCAGCGGCUUCCGGCGAAGAUGUAGCUGGUAACUGCGCCUCCGCAUCGGAGGGCGAGAGUUCAGGCGGUCGGGAGAUUGAGGCCAUUAUCAAGAACAGCGCUGUGGCAAGACGUCGCCGGCAGCAGCAGCAGCAGCAACAGCAGCCACAUCAGCCUGAUGGAAAUCUCGUUGCUAAAAGCAAAAGUCACUCGGCCAUCUCGGCACCCCUCGGUCUUGGCCCCCAGCUACCACCCCUUCCCCUCGGCGGCGGCUUUGUCAAAUUGCGUCAUGUAGCCAAGGAGGAGGAGGAGACACCCACAACUAGUAGCACAUCAGCGAAAGAAUCGCCAAAGAAAGAUCUAGAUCAGGAGCAGGGAGAAGCUUCGGGAGGAGAUUCAUCGCAUCCAACGGCUCUGCCUGAGUUCCUCAAAGGCGUGCAAAGAUCAUCCACUGAGGUCAUGGGCCCCGAUCAGCGCUCACUCUCGAUCGCUAAGACCGGCUCCAUUGCGGAGCGUUUGGCGGCGUUGCAGAAGAGCGGCGAGGACGACUGGAGGAAGCGCAUCUCCAAGCGCGACGAAGUCGACGAUGUGCGCCGCGAAAACUUCGUGAACGAAUCGCUAUCUUUGGCCCACUCGCUGUCGGACAAGCCGCUGCCACCGUCGCCCCUGAUCCCCACCAGCCUUGAGGGCGGCAAGGUCUCCGAUCGCUUGAGCAAGCUCAAGUGCAACUCGGAGAACUGGAAGCAGCGGAUAGAGCAAACCGAUGCUAAGAAGUUCACAGUCGCUGGCCGACUGCAAAAGAAGGCCCAAUCUCCUGUGGAGCUGCAGUUCGAGCGUUCGCCCAAUGAUGCUGCUAAGAAAUGCCCCAUGCUGGAGGUGCGCAGCGCCAACCAGCCGCAGUUGGGUCUGGCCAAGAGCCCCUCCAUGAUGGUUACUUCCACUGCUAACAGCAAUAGCAAGAACACACUUCGCAGCCUGAGCGUUAAUCCCGAGGAGGAGGUUCCUAGUCUGAGUCGCUCCAACAGCAGCAGCUCGGAUUCGGAUGGGGAACGCACCUCACCGCAGAAUGCCAAGCAAAAUAAGGAGCUGGCCAAUACCAAGAGUGCGGCUGCACCCACAAAUGUGGGCGCCAGGAUUCAGGUGCCUCGUCUGGACGACAAGGAGACCUUUGAGAACUUCUUUGCCACGAAACCUAAGGUGGAGGAGAGUGUGGAACUGGAGAUUAGCGCAUUUGAUGAUAUCAAGCCCACAGAGCGCUUGGUAAGCAAACGCCACGUUCAGGGACCUAAGGGACGCCGGGCAGCCCGCAAUCCUCUCAAGAGUCUGGCAGCACGUGAGGAUAUCACCUCGGAGUACACGGAAAUGAAGACAGGAGUGGCCGAGCGUGAGCUCAGGCGACUUAAGAUGGAGUCAUAUGGCCAGAACACCAACCUGGCUGCCGAGGCCAUUGCUGGCCUAGCCUCCAUAGAGGACUUCAAGUCAGUGGCCCUGCGUUCUUCGUCGAUUCCCCUGCAGCAAAUGUGGCUGCCCCACAAGCCUGUAAUGCUGCUCCAUGUCAAGGGACGCACCCAUGUCCAAACCCGACUGGUGGAGCCUACUCACACCUCACUGAAUCGCGGUGAUUGCUUCAUUUUGGUUGCCGGAUCCCAGUUGUUCCGCUAUGUGGGCUCCUUUGCCAAUGUCAUUGAGAUCUCGCGCAGCAAGAAAAUCUGCGCUGCCAUUUUGGAGAACAAGGAUCUGGGGUGCACUGCCAGCCAGGAGGUAAUCCUCACCGAUGGCAAGUACUUGAACGAGCGCCAGUGGAGUCAGUUUUGGAAGUUGCUAGGCAAAAAGGAGGACGACACCUCGGAGAUCUCCGACUGCGGUCAUGCGGAUGAGGAUGAUGUGUUUGAGAGCAGUCUGAUCGAGACCAACAAGAUCUACGAGUUCCAGGACGAAGCCCUUGUGCCCCUGGACAAGUACUGGGGCUGCAUACCCAAGGUGGACAUGCUGGACACGCGCAAGGUGCUGGUCUUUGACUUUGGCAGUGAGCUGUACGUAUGGAAUGGCAAGAACGCCUCCUCGGACGCCAAGCGGGCGGCCAUGAGGCUGGCGCAGGAACACUUUGGUGCCGAGAAUGGAGCAGACUAUGCCGAGUGCUACUUGAACCCGCUGAACUAUGUCUCCAUUGUGGGUCGUCGUGAAAACACCAAGUAUGCCAAGCGAACCGCUCAGCGACCGGAGUGGUGUGUCCUGGGGAAGAUCACCCAGAACAUGGAGACGGUGCUGUUCAAGGAGAAGUUCAGCGACUGGCCGGAACUGGAGCGCGAGGAUCUGGAGAAGGAUUACCUUGCCAACGGCGUCCAUGUGGUGCGAGCCUUGAAUGGAACCGCUCUGCACAAAGGGGAGCCCUAUGAGGAGCCAAAUCUGGUGCUGGAGCAGGCGAAUCUGGGACGUGGUAACUUCUACUACGACACCGAUACAAUGCGCCACUUCGAUGUGAUCACCAAGUCCACGGACAAGUGGCAGAUCCACGAGUUUAACUUUGAUGCCGCCCCUGCCCGCGAGGACUACGGGCACUUUUACUCCGCGGAGAGCUAUAUAGUUCGCUGGAUUUACCAGAUCUCGGUCACAGUGCGCGAGCUGAGCGGCAAGGUCUCGAACAGGAGCACCGUUGGACGGGACAGGUGCGUGUACUUCACCUGGCAGGGUCAGGACUCGAGUGCCAAUGAGAAGGGUGCUGCGGCUUUGCUCACCGUUGAGCUGGACAAGGAGAAGGGCGCCCAAUUGAGGGUGUCACAGGGCGACGAAUGCACAGCCUUUGUUCGCUUAUUCCCCCAGCUGUGGCAGCAUCGUGGACGCAAGGAGCAGUGCCUAGAGAGGCGCAACCAGUGGCGGCUCUACCAAAUCCAGGGCAACGUCACCGAGGAGACGCUCAUCAAGGAAGUGGACUGCCAGUCGCGUCAAUUGCGCUCUCGCAGCUCCAUGCUCCUGAUCCAUGGCAGCCAGGGCAGCGUGUUGGUUUGGCAUGGAGCCAAGAGUGCUCCUCACACCCGUUCUGUGGCUUUGAAAGCUGCCCAAGAUCUGGUCGAGCAGGUGCCAAAAGAUCUCUUCAGCAGCGACAAGGUUAAACUCGCAGAGCAGGAGGAGGGUUCCGAGAAUGAGGACUGCAAGAGGGCUCUGGGAUUGACGGCAGACGUUGAUUACGGCAGCCUGCUGAAGUCCACCAAAUCGUUUGAUUACCAAAUAAGGAUCUUCAACUUCUCCAGCACCCAGGGAGUGUUCAAGGCGCUUGAACUGAGCGAUCCCUUGCGCUGCCAGGAUCUGAACAGUCCAUAUCCCUUCAGCCAGGGUCAGCUGUACAAUGCCCGUCAGCCCACGAUCUUUUUGCUUGACGAUGGCGACGAGCUGUGGCUCUGGAUGGGCUGGUGGCCCCUGGAGGACAUAAAGAUAAACACCGAUGAGCGAAGCAGUCCCACCAACGACAAUCGGGCUGGAGUUAAUCGCUGGAUCUCAGAGAGACGUGCUGCCCUCGAGACAGCCGUCGGCUAUUGGCGUGCCAAGCACGGCGAGAACGAAAAGGAGGCCUUCCACGGCAUCAAGGGUCAGGUGGUGUGGGCAGGCCUGGAGCCACUGGCCUUCAGGGCGCUCUUUCCCGACUGGACGGAGCGGGCCGAUGUGCGGGAGAUCAACGAAGAGGAUGGCCGCACCGAUGCUCCCACAACCAUUGCAGAAAUGCUGGCACAAAUGACACAGACCGAGUACCCGCUGGAGGUGCUCAAGGCACGACCCCUGCCCGAGGGCGUGGAGCCCACGCGUUUGGAGGUGUACCUUAACGCCGAGGACUUUCAGGUGGCGCUGGGCUGCAGUCGGGCGGAGUUCGAGCAGCUACCCAUCUGGAAGCAAACCAAGCUGAAGAAGGAGCGUGGGCUGUUCUAGGAGAGAGGCACAAUGCAACCGAAUAGACUUGAACACAAUCACAAAAACAAUACAAUUUUCUAAGCACUUUUUGUAGGCGGCGAAGCUUUUGCAACGGGCACAGACGAAUCGUAAAUCUAUAUCGUAUUCUACAUGCUAGGCCUACAUAGUAUAGCAUAUACACAUACACACGUGCGCAUAUCCCCAUGUACUCUCUCUAUUGUACGCAUAUUACAUAACCCUUAUACAUAUGUAUGCCUUUUGCAAUAAAUUUCAAACUCGCUUCAUUCGACAAACGGCCCGAGUCCUUUGAUUUUACCUGUACAUAAUUUUAAGUUGAGUUGUUUUACCAUUUACUAUUAUUUUACUUCAUAUUUUAAACGAUUUAACGAAAUUGCAUUUGUUUAAUCUCUGCAAAAACCAAAAAAAAAAAAGAAAAGAAAAGGAAAAACGCAACGAGCUCUCGUUUAUUUCAUUGUUUUCAGUUCGAUAUCAUUUAAUGUUAGCUUUAUUUGCCUAAUUUAAUAUCGAUGCCUAUGUAUUCGUGUUUUUAUCAUGUUAAAAACUAUUACGUAUAUUUAAUUUUUAUUAAAUAACAUUUUAUUGUA